AUGCAGCAAAUGCUGAACCCAAUUGUAACACGUUUAAAACUACUGCAAAAGCCAUGUUUAUAUCGACUGUCAAAUGGUUUUUAUCAAAUGUUGCGAGUAUAUUUAAUUGGUAUUAGUAACGAUAAGCCGGCCAAUAGUAUUGUACAGAAUCAGCCGGAGCCCAACGCUUUGUUUGGCUGUGCCAAGUGUGAAAUUGCCGGGCGUACAACGCCAGCAAAACUUCAUGCAACACCAAAUCAAUCAGGAAAAAUAACUACCGUAUUCAUUAGAAUAUUUCCAACUGAAAUUGGUGAACAACCCGAGAUGCGCUCGAACGUUCGUUGGUUCGAAAUUUCUCAUGCUGUACAAAACGGUAUUCGUUUUUUUUACAAAUGA